AUGGCGGGCGUCGGCUCGGCGGUGCGGCGGCUCUACCUCUCCGUCUACAACUGGGUCGUCUUCUUCGGAUGGGCGCAGGUCCUGUACUACGCGGUCCUGACGCUGCGGGAGAGCGGGCACAAGGCCGUCUACGCCGCCGUCGAGAGGCCGCUGCAGUUCGCGCAGACAGCCGCCGUCAUGGAGAUUCUUCAUGGGCUUGUAGGGUUGGUGAGGUCUCCAGUCUCUGCAACUCUUCCACAGAUUGGAUCCAGGUUGUUCCUUACAUGGGGUGUCUUGUGGAGUUUUCCUGAGACCCAGUCACAUCUUCUUGUUACUACCCUGGUCAUAAGCUGGUCUAUCACUGAGAUCAUCAGAUACUCAUUCUUUGGAAUGAAGGAGGCAUUUGGCUUUGCACCUUCCUGGUUAUUGUGGCUUAGGUACAGCACCUUUAUGUUGUUGUAUCCUACUGGUAUCUCUAGUGAAGUUGGUCUGAUCUACAUUGCCUUGCCUUAUAUGAAGGCAUCGGAGAAAUACUGUCUUAGGAUGCCCAACAAAUGGAACUUCUCAUACGAUUACUUCUAUACAUCUAUUCUUGCCCUCCUGAUUUAUGUUCCAGGAAGUCCACACAUGUACCGUUACAUGCUCUCACAGAGGAAGAAGGCACUAUCAAAGGCCAAAGCGGCGAUUAUCCUGGAUCAUCUUGUGAUUUUAAAGAAGAACAGUCAAAGCCACCACCUUAAAGCCACGGCCUCUAAACGCGUGGAGCUUCGGCGAGGCCAACCACGAGUUUGGUUUGCCAUGAGGUUGCAGGUGCUAUACCACGCAAUCUUGGCGCUGUUAGGCGGUGGCCAUGAGGCCGUCUAUGAUGCUGUGAAGCUGCCACUCCUGUUUUCACAAACUGCUGCCUUAACAGAGACACAGUCUCAUGUCUUCAUUACUUCCUUGGUCCUAAGCUGGUCCAUCACUGAGGUCAUCAGAUAUCCUUUCUUUGGUUUGAGGGAGGCAUUUGGAAUCACACCUUUCUGGCUCCUAUGGCUCAGGUACAGCACGUUCAUUGUACUCUAUCCUAUCGGGCUUAUCAGUGAGGUCGGCUUAAUCUUCACUGCUAUGCCUCACAUGAAGGGAAGAACCUUCUAUAUCUGCGCUGCAUUGACCACUAUCUACAUUCCAGGAUUCCCAUACUUGUACCGUUACAUGCUCGCCCAGAGGAAGAAGAACCUGUCCAAGAGGAAAUUUGCUGGUCAUAUGCUUGGAUUUAGCGUGGGUGCCUGCCUGGGUGGUGGCUGGGUCAAAGCCACCACCUUAAAGCCAUGUCCAUCUCAGGGUCUUCCUCCCUGCAACUCUUCAAUGGCGGGUGACGACGGGUCGGUGGUUCGGCAGCUCUACCUCUCCCUGUACAACUGGGUUACCUUCUUCGGAUGGUUGGAGGUGCUAUUCCACGGAACCUUGGCGCUGUUAGGCGGUAGCCAUGAGGCCGUCUAUGCUGCUGUCAAGCUGCCACUUCUGUUUUCACAGACUGCUGCCAUAGCAGAGACACAGUCUCAUGUCCUCGUUACUUCCUUGGUCCUAAGCUGGUCCAUCACUGAGGUCAUCAGAUAUUCUUUCUUUGGUUUGAAGGAGGCAUUUGGAAUUACACCUUUCUGGCUCCUAUGGCUCAGAUACUCCACGUUCACUGUACUGUAUCCUAUUGGGCUUAUCAGUGAGGUCGGCUUAAUCUUCACUGCCAUGCCUCACAUGAAGGGGAGAUCCUUCUACAUCUGUGCUGGAUUAACCAGUCUCUAUAUUCCAGGAUUCCCAUACUUGUACCGUUACAUGCUCGCCCAGAGGAAGAAGGUCCUGUCCAAGGCGAAAACCGCGUAA